CCGAAUCAGUUCUUGGUCCAAAGCUCACUAGCAAGUUGGCACCAUUUAUUAUCGCUAGACUUUUAAAUCAGAGUUUUUUUUCAAAGGGAUCAUUAUAUUUAUCUGUCUCUUCCCGCGUGAGCUUGCAGUAGCCUCAGUGCUAGCGUCUCUACGGGGAGCCGUUACAGCCCGUCAUGAAGAAAUGGCUGGAAAAAAGUCCAGGCGUGAUGAGGAGGUAAAGGAGCCUGUCUUGACUGAGACUGAGGAGAGAGCCUCCCUGGCUGGAGAUGGUUUGCCAGCUGAGAAAGUGAUGGCCACGGCUCCAGAGAGAACUCUGCACAGGCUGAGCCCCAUUUCUGAACUCGACUCAGGAGAAAACAAAGAAGAUGGGGGAUCUGCUGGGUCCUCCUAUUCCUUCUGCUCUGUGACAGACUCGUCUUCUACAAACUCCUUUCCUGACUCUCAGGAUGCUGAAGAUGCCUGUGCGGGGAUUGUUCUCAACUGCCUCUUCUGCCGGUUCUACGAUCUCUGCGUCAUGCUGCCGGAAACAUGCGAGAGAGCUGCUUAUCACAUCUGUCCUUCGUACAAGUAUUUUUCGGCGCCCUUAGAGCCGGUGCACAGCAGCGACUGGAACUGCCACUGUGACUUCGACUGUGGCCUGUUUGACGCCUGCCAUGAAACAAGCGAGUGCCUGGAGCUGGCCAUGGAGAUUUCAGAGAUUUUAUCUGGGCCAUCUGAGAGGGUGUGUCAGUUCCGUGCACAAUCAAAGCCGAAACCCCCUCUCAACUUUGCUUGGUCUUUGGGGAACGGCAACCAGCGGUUAGCAAAGACUUCUCAUCCGUUGCCGCUGCUCCGACUGUCCUACCACUUAAACAGGCCGGAGCGAGGCUCCAAAGUUCAUUUUCCUCCUCCCGGGUCAAGAGACUCCUGCCCUCUCCCAGGUGUUGUCCUGCAAGGGGUCCGGAUCUGCCCCCCCCCUCAGGUGGGGCAACGGAAAAGGGUGGGGUUGACGUGGCAGGGGAGGGCACAUAUGGCAGGAAAUGAUGGAGUGCGAUACACUAUCUGUACGCCCCUACCCCCUGCGGAGGUGAGGAAAUUAAAGAGGCGCGCAGCAGGAGGAGGGGAGGAGAGGAUGGAGCACUCGGUGGUAAAAGGUCCUGAGAGCUCGUCUGGGGCUCGGACAUCUAGAGGCCCCUUAAGGGUCCCGGAGCCACCGGGACGGUCCGGGGGUGCUUUUAGUGUCCGUCCCUGA